GUUUACCCAGAGACAAUGACGUCAGAGGUCUCUAGCGUCUCUCACGACUAUAUAAUCACAGCGGACACCCUACUCAAAACACCGACACUCCUGGGUCCUUCAGAAACAAUGAACUCCGUGAUUUUCCUCACCGCACUUUGCGUGGCUGUAGCCACAUCAGCUUUGGUCAAACGCCAGGCACCUCAGAACCCUACUCCAGGAAAUGGCACUUUCCCCCAAUUUCCUCAGCUCCCACCCAACGGCACAUACCCUCAAUUUCCUCAACCCCCAUCCAACGGCACAUUCCCUCUAUUCCCUGCACCUCCACCCAAUGGUACCCUCCCCCCGUUUUCAUUCCCACCACCUCCUUCAGGCCCAUUUCCCCAAGGCCCAUUUGGCAUGCCCGCACCUCAACAAGGUCCAUUCGGCCCUUCCCAACAAGGCCCAUUUGGCAUGCCCGCACCUCAACAAGGUCCAUUCGGCAUGCCCUCACCCCCUCAAGGAGGUUUCCAAUUCCCAGGGAGAUUCCAACAAAACGGGUUCCCCCAAUUCGGAUAAUUACCGUGACGUAGGUAUAAGCUCACAGCCCUAGGACUCAGAAUACAGUCAAGGCUACCACUACAGACACGUGAUCUCGGCAUUUUCUUUGUGCCAUGGACACGGCAGAGGCUUAAAAAACAAUUGUCCUAAAUGUAAUAAACGUGUGUGAGCUCAAAAUAUA